AGUGAGCACAAUAAAAACAGCCAGUGAGAGGAGAGCGCAUUCGAAUCAUUUGGAUGACACGAUCAUGUGCUGCUGUGUGAUGCUGUAGACGCAGUGAAUUUGAGGAGAACCGCCGUCUGGUCUUCAGAGGGUUAAAUUUCCUUUCGAGGGGGAGUUACUGAAUCUGCAGCAACAUCAGAGCGCAUUCCUCAGAGCUGCCAACAUCCCGGGAAUAAGACCUUCACCGUCAACAUCUCAGAGCCACAUCCCGGGAAUAUACCGCAGUACCGGACACGCGUCGUCUCUUUUGUCAAGCCGCGUUUUCUCUGCUGGUUCGGAGUAUGCGAGCUCCAGGAUCCGCUCAAUGUCUUAAUGUAGUGCAGGCACUGUUGAUCAUGGUCCACUACUGAGUCAAGCUGUGGUGCACACACGGCAGAGAGGAGAGCAAGAGGGCUUCAGCUGAUCCUGUCUUCACAUUUGUUUUGCACAAGGCUGGCUUUUAAACAUGUCUGCAGAAGUUGAAUCCAGCACACCCCCUGUUGAGCAGGCACCUUUUAAGACACCCUCCAAAAAAGAAAAGAAGAAGGCUGCAGCGAGCCCAGAGAAAACAGAUGAGUUCCUCCUUGCAAGGUUCAAAGGUAAUGGAGUUCGCUACAAAGCCAAGUUAAUUGGUGUAGAUGAUGUCCCUGAAGCAAGAGGAGAUAAAAUGAGCCAAGACUCCAUGAUAAAACUGAAGGGCAAGGCAGUGGCAGCUCGCUCUGCGGGCAAACACAAGCAGAGAGUGUGGGUGAACAUCUCCCUCGCAGGAAUUACUAUAACUGAUGAGAAAACAGGGGCAAAAAUACUGGAGCAUGCAGUAAAUAAAAUCUCCUUCAUCGCACGGGAUGUCACUGACAGCAGAGCGUUUGGCUACGUGUGCGGUGCGGAGGGCCAGCACCAGUUCUUUGCCAUUAAAACAGCACAGCAGGCAGAGCCUCUUGUCGUUGACCUGAAGGAUCUUUUCCAGUUAAUCUUCAAUAUGAAGAAAAAAGAAGUUGAGGGUUCAAAGAAGGAUGAAAAUAAUAAAGUGAUAGAGAAUGGCAGUGAAGGCUCACACAAUGACAGAAAAGGCGUUGAACAGCUGGACUUGUUUGGAGACAUGUCGACCCCACCUGACUUAAACUCUCCCUCGGAGUCUGAGAACAUCCUGUUGAUGGAUCUGUCCACUGAGAUAGACAGCAAUCAGAACUGUGUUAAAGGAAACCCCUUCGCAUCAUCUUCUAUCCACAGAGCCCCGUCCAGCCUCUCGCCUGAGAACCCCUUCUCUUCUCAGCUCAACUUCUUCCCCGCCCCUAUCCAUGACCCGUUCAGUGAUGACCCAUUUUCAAGCGACGACCAAUCAAUCAGGGACUACCCUGCCACAGAAAACCACAGCACUAAUAACUUGUUCAAUGGUGGCCCUAAGAAUGGUGACUCGGAUUACUUGGGCCAGCAGUUCGACCAGCUCUCCAACAGGACAGUCAUCCAGGCCCUCAGUAAUGGCCACUGGCCUUUAGAUGGCAGAGCUGCAGAAGCCACUAGCUGGACUCAGCAUCCUGUCCCAGUUCAAGAGCAGAACGGACAUGGGAAAGUGACUCCUAAUCCGUUUGUCAUAGAUUCGGAGAAGAUGCAGCCAGUGCAGAAUGGAGUGAAGCAUGAGAAUGGAGGCAUGGGUGAGCUACCGGUCAAUCAAAACAAGGAUUCGGUUAUCAUAAGCCCUCCACCACUCAAUAUGAAAGCCGGGAGGGGCAGGAGGAGUGUAAAGUCCCCUUCAAAUGAAAAACUUGAGAUGGAUCUAUUUGUUUCACCAAAUCAAUCAGAAUCACCACCUCCUCAAACCGAAAACUGCCCUGUCAACUCUGUCAGUUUGUUCAGCAGGAGCCCUUCCUCCACUGAAGCACUCUCAGUUCUUGAAGGGUUGUCUCUACAAGCUCCACCUGCAGUUUCCACUCCUGGAGCGGCUCCGUGGAAUCAGCCCCUCUCGUCCAUCUUCCCCAGCACCAUCAGUGCCUCUCAGCCCUUCACUCAAGUACCGGUUUUCUCCACUUCUCCUGGGCCUGCCUGGGGAACUACUCCUGGAGGUUUUGGAACCUCGACCGCAGCCCAACAGCUUCCAUCAUGGACCACUCCCUCAGUCUCCAAUGGAUCCAAUGGAUCCUGGACCCAUCAUACAACUCUGGGGAACCCCUUUCAGACCAGCGUAUUUCCCCUCAGCCUUGUGGCCGACGGACCACAGAGCUCCAGUCCCCCUCCACUGGUUCCACCUCGGGCAGUAGCCACCAAAGAAGCUCCAAAAGUGGACAGUAAUGCUUUUGUGGACCUGGAUCCUCUAGGAGAAAAGGAGAAGAGAGAUGUCAAGGAGAUGUUUAAGGAUUUCCAGAUAGCUAAGCCACCAAACGUGGCAGCAAGGAAAGAGCCAUUGAAGAUUGAAGGUCAGAACCCAUUCGACAACUCCUUUGGAAAAGAUCUGUUUGGCAAGUCUGUACCUGCAACUAGUGCUCCUCCCUUAAAGGCAGUGGGGUUAGAUCCUUUCAGAGACCCAUUUGGAAAUCCAUUUGCAUGAUAGCCGGCCACCUUGAUGACUCCAUAGGGUCCAAGUAUGGAUCAAACAAAAAUCAUUGAACAAGAAAUUAUGCAAAAACAAUUCCAUUCCAGAUGCUUCUUACAGCUUUAUAACUUUUUGGUUUUGGCAACAUUUUUUUUGUUUGUUAGUUUUUUACAGAGCACCAUUUUAUGGUGUAGCUUUCCCACUGAAGUGCAUCCUGUUCAAGAGCAGGUCUCUUAGCUCUGAUGUCACAGCCAAUGUCUGACAGCCUAAUUAAGUCUGUGCAACCCCUCAUUCUUUUCAUAAACCAGAAUUGGAUCUGCAUGGUGGUCGUUGGCAGGCUGAAAAUAAACCAUCAUCAUCUGGUGCUGGUAUCCUGUUAAACAUGAUUUUCGGUGCAUUUUGUCUCUAAACAAUAUGGUGAUAGUAGUUUUAUUUUGUGCACUAAAAGCACUCAAAAGCAAUUUUGUCAUUUUUGCACCAGUAAACAAGGCAUUGAUGUCUGUUGCAGUAUUAUUUUGACAUCUUAUGUUUACUUUUCCACAUUUAUCAAAUGCUUUUUAGGGCACGAUUGGUCUCUAAUUUUGACAAAACAAAUGUUUUUUUAUGAACUGGCAUAUAAACUGAAAAAGAUUCCAGAUUCUUUUUAAAUCCUAUCCUGGAUUAUAUUACAUGUCCAAACACAAUCCAACAUGAUGGACAGCAUAGAGACAAUGUAAAUAAUAUCUGUAGGGAUGCUUUGAUAUGAUAACUGUGCAAUCGACAUCUGAUGAUCUGAUCUGUACUAAUCACAUGAUACAUACUGUACUGACCUGUUCACUAUAAGAGAGCAACUGACUCUAAUCAACCUGUAUUUGAACUGAAUCCCUUGCGAGAUGUUCUUUUCUUUUUUUCAUGAACUGUAUCCCGUGCUGUUAUUUGUGAGGUUGUGAGCUUGCUGCAUUGACUAAUAUAUAGUAUGUACUGUUAUGAGGUUAAAAGUUCUCUGUUUUUGUUUUGAUUUGACAUUGUAUUGAAUGAAUAAUCUUUAAUUGUGACCACUGGCAUGUUGUCAGUGGCACUUCAACUAUAAACACCUUCAAAAAUAAUAUCUUUAUCCAUAGUGUUGGAGGAUGUUGCCUGUAUGAAUUUUAGGCGAUACAUAUUAAGCACAUUGUUUUGCGUGAAACAUAAUCAUCCAGAAUGUUUCAGGUAAUACUUGAUAGAAGUAUAUUGAUGUGUCUGUCUGAUUGAUGGCAUUUACUACACUGCUCUUUAUUUUUAAUGUUUUCCUUUUUGAUAGAUGAGGAUAUAAUCGUUUUCCACCAGAAAAAUUAAAGGG